UAAUAUAGAAAAUAUUUCAUUUUUACUCAUAAGCCGAAGGCAAUGCCAAGAAGCUUUGGGCUAUGUUGUCAGUCAACCUUCUUGCCUUGUCGGUCGGACCUCCGUCAUGCUCCCACCGGAAGACCAUGUCGCCGCUCGUCUUUCCGACUUCUCUCAGACCUACCUCUCUCGCUCUCCUUCCUUCUUCCACUUCGUCGUCCCCUUCCUCUCGCACCUCCUCUCUUCCCGCCGCUAUUACUGCUUCGUCGUCAUCGUCGCUAUCAUUGUUGACCAGGGAACCCGCUCAUUGUCAUCUGAAGUACAUCCGAGCACUUAGUGCUAGUGUGAUCUCGCCUGGCAAGAGAAGGGUUGCGAUGCUAGUCAAGCCAACGGACGUUGAAGAGACUGCUGAGAAUGAUGGAGAGUAUUACUCGGACACUGAUGUUGGUGCUUUUCCGUUCGACACAUGUUGGUUGGACGCAAAGCUUCAGCUGAAGCUUGAACAGAAAAUGAGGAUGAAAGUGCCGAAGAGGAUACGGCUCCGGAGGAAAAAACUUGUCCGCAAGAGAAGAAUGAGGAAGAAAGGUCGGUGGCCGCCCUCGAAGAUGAAGUAGUUGACUGAUUUUUUUACUCCAUUUUUGUUUCUGCGCCUUCUGCUCCUUAGAAGUUCAGGAGCUAGGUUUUUAUUGACAUUUAUGUCUUGUUCAUAGAGUAAUUACAAUUGAAACCUGAUUAGUAUA